AGUGGGUGGCCUUCUUAUCCUUUGAAGAGCACACCAAACAAAAAGCUAACAACUCAAGUCAAAGCUCAUUUUUUGAUCCAGAUUUCCUUAAACACAAAUCAAUCUGAUAAGAGAAAACAUGAAAGCAGUGUCAUUUUCACCAGCAAAUCAUUGCAACCUUAAACUCCAAAAGUAUCCCAUAAAACAACCAACACUUGCAAACCCAAUUCACUUCAACAAUCACCAAAACCAGAAGCCAUCCAACAAAAAACACCACUUUCCUUCAUUUUCCAUCAAAGCCUCAAAAACCCCUCAAACCCCGUUAACCAAAUAUCCCAAUACACCACCACUAGUAGUUGUUGGCUCAGCCAAUGCAGAUAUAUAUGUGGAGAUUGAUAGAUUACCAGCAGAAGGGGAGACCAUCUCAGCCAAGACUGGGCAGACUCUUGCUGGUGGCAAAGGAGCUAACCAGGCCGCAUGUGGUGCAAAACUUUCAUAUCCAACAUACUUUGUGGGGCAAGUUGGCGAGGAUGCACAUGGGAAGUUGAUCACUGAGGCUUUAAAGAAUGGUGGGGUUAAUCUUGAUUGUGUGAGGAAUCUGAGUGAUGUGCCUACUGGACAUGCUGUGGUGAUGCUGCAGCCUGAUGGGCAAAAUUCUAUUAUUAUUGUUGGUGGAGCUAACAUGAGUUGCUGGCCUGAGAAGCUCAGCGAUGAGGAUUUGGAGGUUGUGAGGAAGGCUGGGGUUGUUUUGCUUCAAAGGGAAAUACCUGAUUUAGUUAAUAUUCAAGUGGCAAAGGCUGCAAAAAGCGCUGGUGUUCCUGUUAUUUUGGAUGCUGGGGGAAUGGAUGCACCAAUGCCCCCUGAAUUGUUGAAUGUUGUUGACAUCUUCAGCCCGAAUGAAAGUGAACUUGCACGUUUGACUUGCAUGUCAACUGAAAGCUUUGAACAGAUUGGUCAGGCUGUCGUUAAGUGUCAUAAAAUGGGAGUAAAGCAAGUUCUGGUGAAGCUUGGGGCUAAAGGGUCUGCUUUAUUCAUAGAAGGGGAAAAACCAAUUAAACAAACCAUAAUUUCUGCUGCAAGAGUCCUAGACACUACUGGAGCUGGAGAUACCUUUACUGCUGCUUUUGCUGUGGCACUCGUGGAGGGCAAAACAAAGGAGGAAUGCAUGAGAUUUGCUGCUGCAGCAGCUUCUCUCUGUGUUCAAGUGAAGGGAGCCAUCCCUAGCAUGCCUGACCGGACAUCAGUUUUACAUCUACUCCAAACUGUCUGAUCCUUUGAGGGCUUCUUCCUCCUCAUAGUCAAGUUCUAAAAACUUGCAAAAAUGCAUAUAAAUGAAAAGCAGACAAGACUUUGUUGUCUACUAAAAA